CUCAAGAACAUUGAUCGUUGAAUGGUUUGCACUUUGCUUUUUCAUGAUAACUUUACAGUCUCCUGAGAAGCUGGAGCUUCUCAAACAAGAUUUAGGUGGUCGUCUUCCAGAUGCUCUGAAGAUCUAUGGAAGCCUCUUCUCAAUUCUUAAAGGCAAUCCGUUCAAUUUGGAGGUGCUUGUAGAUUCUUGGCCAAAUUAUGGAGCUGUGAUGACGCCCUCUGGUAACUAUUUCUUAAUUAUUGUAGCUCCGCCUGUUUGGGAUCCCUACAUCAACUCAUACAGUUUCUUUGUUCGAGAUGAAAACAGAAUAACUACUGUUCUGGAACAUAUCAACUGGAAACAGGCAUUUGAAAUGCAAUCAAUGCAAGAAUGCUUCAUCAAUAAAAUCAAGUAUGAGGCAGAACAAAGGAAUGUGGACAUUGAUAUAUCACUGUUGAGGACAUAUUAUCAAGGAACUCAAAAAGAAGCUCAUAAGCAUGCUCAGAGACAUCAUAAGAACCAGGAGUUUUGCAGUCUCUCCUCUGCUUAUGUAUCACUUGUUGAUGAUUCCUGGACAUUUGGAGGAAGCUUUGCAAGUCAGGCAUAUGUUAAUCUCUGCAUAAAGUCACAGCCCUCCUGCUGUUUGUUGAACAGUGGUAUCCCUGUGUCAUGGGUGCUGAGUGAUCACUAUGGGGCAAUGCGUAUGCUCCACACUGUUCCCCAGGAAAGACGUAAGGGUCUUGGUACAAGCGUUUGUAGUGUACUGUCAGAAAUAAUGAUAAAGCAGGGCAGGCCAAUCUACUGCCAUGUAGAAGAGGAAAACAUUCCAUCUCAAUUCAUGUUUAAAGGUUUGGGGUUGCAAGAGACAAAAUGCAAGUUACUCUGGGUGAGAUCAAACUCUUAGCACCAUCUGGCUGGUUCAUUAUAGUGGGCAGCUAUGGCCAUUAAGACUUACAGUGCAAAAUAUGAUAAUUAUGGGUAUAACCGAAUGUUGUGUGAAACAUGAAUAUUAAAGAUACUUUACAAA